GUCCACAUUAUCGCUGUGAGCGCUUGGACCUUAUUGAAAGGAAACAAAUCUGCAUUCUACUCGGGUGGAGGCCAUCGCUACAAGGGUGGAGGCCAUUCCAAGACGAACCCUUUUUCUCUCGCUCUCGCUCUCUCUGACUCUGAAUCGAGGCCGGAACUCCCAGGUUGCAAGUGGUCAAUGGCUGUCACCAGAAGAUUUGGCUUACGCACUUGGCCAACGACCACGACUGAGCUAGUUUUUGCAAUCUUUCAGAAAGUCAAAUCCCACCCUGUGACCUGUUUGUUCAGACUAAUUCUUUUCAAUCCGAGGUUGGCGUUGGGCUUCGGGCUCAAUGUGACGGUGUAGGUUGAUCACAAAAGAUGCUCUGAACUAUGACGUAAGAACCCGUUUUGCAGAGGAAGACGAGGUUCAUAAUGCUUAUUCAGACCUCGGAUUAUUUGCUUAGACAUAUCCUAUUUGGGAAGACGCACUCCUUUGACUCCCACCAUUCUGCCACUCUUACGUUCAUUGUCAAUUCGAUUCUUCUAUACUUAAUCCUUGUAAGGUUAGUUUCGGGCCUUGGUUAAAGGCUACUAGUAGCUUCUUGCUACUAGUAGCAAUGCCCUUGUUACUAGUAACUUCUUGUUCCUAGUAAUAAGGCCAGGAGCUACUAGUAGCUUCUUGUUGCUACUCCUUGCCAAACACUUGGAUGGACACUCUUCAAGUGAAACUGGUCAAAGGCCCGGCCCGCAGAACGCCGUCAUCGAGCCUGGAGGCACUUUGACCUUUGACGAGACAGAGACGGACGGCCUAGCUGGAAGUCGAUACUGGCCAAAGAUGGGCUGUGACGCUCAGGGGAACAAUUGUGUGUUGGGCGGCAGUGGUGGUCCAAAUCAAAGGUGCACCCUCAAAACUCCCGACUAUUCUUCCUGUGCUCCGCCGAUCGACACCAAGUUUGAGGCGACAUGGGGGCGUCAGGGCGAGCCAUGCGACCCAGCUACGAACAAGAUGUCUGGCUGUGAUUUCGUUGAUGUCAGUUUGGUGGAUGGCUUCACACUACCUUUCAAGCUGGAGGUGUUGUCUGGCACUUGCACUGGCCGCGUCUCGGAUGUCAAAGUCGUGGACUGCUCCAGCCUUUCUGUAUCACAAUGUCCUACAGAUGACAACCUUGGCGCCGGACCCAUUAACAUGCAGGCGUUUAGCCCAAAGAUUGGCAAGCCUGUUGGCUGUUAUGCUCCUUGCUUGAAGAAGAUCGACACGAAAUGGAACAACUUUGGCGCCAAAGGAAAGUCCAGAAACGAUCCUGAUGUGACCAAAUAUUUCUGCACGACUCCACCGGAGACAUCUCAGACGUGCAAUGCCGGGCCGCUCCCACAAACCAAGUAUGUACAGACAGUGCAUCAGCAUUGCCCUGGCGUUUAUGCUUUUGCAUAUGAUGACGGACAAGGCUUGAUGCGUUGCUCAUAUGGUCAGUACAAAUUGACCUUUAUGUGUCCAGACACAGCAAUUCCGGACCGACUCUACGAAGAUGAGGAAAAUGAGAAAGAGGAGACGCCAGAGAUUCACGACGCUUUGAAUGCGGUUGGUGCAAUCACCUUGCUUUUAGUCGCAGGAUUCCUUGGAUUGGGCCUUGCGGUGCUUGGCAUUCGACGGGUGCAUGGCAUUCGUUUUCGCAGAUCACGCCAGCAUCACCAAGAUGAGUUGGAUGUAGAGCUCAUGCAAGAGUGAUUGCAACCGAACCAUGCCGACACUGAGCGGACGCUGAGCCAAGCCAUCCGUUGUGAAGGGCUUCCUUCAGCUCAGCCUGGGAAUGCACAGCUGGCUUCUGAAAAAAAAAGAACGAGCAUGAAC